GCGCCUGUUCAGCGGGACCGUCGCGGCAUUUGAAACAGCUCCAUCUGUAGCUGCACAAAAUAUUCAUUUACCCCGGAUUUACCUUCAUUGGAACGAAUUGAAGUGAUCGAUAUGAUCGAGAAGGAGGACCCGGUUAUUAGUGAGGAGGAAGCGGCACAGUACGACCGCCAGAUCCGACUGUGGGGACUGGAUGCCCAGAAGAGGUUGCGAGGGUCGCGAGUGCUCCUGGCAGGUUUGGGUGGUCUCGGGGCUGAAGUGGCCAAGAACCUAAUCUUAGCUGGCGUUAAAGGACUCACUUUGCUGGACCAUGAACAGGUGUCGGAGGAGUCAUGCCGAGCUCAGUUUUUGGUUCCAGUCACGGCUCAGGGUCAGAAUCGGGCCAAGGCCUCUCUGGAGCGAGCGCAGAACCUCAACCCAAUGGUGAAAGUGCACGCUGACCCAGACAGAAUCGAAGACAAACCGAACGACUUCUUCCUCCAGUUCGAUGCGGUGAGUUUAACACGCUGA